AUGUCAGCUGCCAAUGUACCGGCGCACCUCUGCUGCACCUCGCCAGUACGACCACCUGGCGCCGUCGGCUUUUCGACAACCACGUUCUCCUCGGCUUGCCGGAAUUGCUCGCUGACGGAACUCAACCGGACCGAGUGGCUCCCAGUUGGCGCAGAGUGGCUCCCAUCUGGCGGGCGCUGCAACCGAGGCAAGCUGACUCGUAACACUGUGGUGCACGGCGCCAGCAUAACGAGGUACAGGCACCUGCUACUACCGGAGGGCUGGCCAGAUCCGUGCCACGUGGAAACCUCCAGGAGCACGCCGGCACCACUCUCCAGCCAGGCCAAUCCGUCCUUUGCCCCCGGCCGGUCUGCGCCGAACGCGUCCAUCGCAAGGCGGCUGGGCCUUUCGGUCUUGGGAGCUAGCGGGCAGUGGCUGGUCGCUCCCACCAAGCGGUUCAUGGUCUGCACCAUGGAGAAGAACGGGAUGAGCGAGUGGAUCCGUCUGAUGCGCGCAACCACCGGUAGAGUGGAUCGCCGAUGCACGGACACCGCUUGCGCCUUCAAUGGCCUCCUCGACGACAUCCACGAGUGUCAGCUGCCGAGCGUGCGCGCCUUCGCGGCCGAGCAGCUGACGGCGAUGCUGUACUGCCGCUCGAUCAUCAAGGCAGUCGUCGUGCGCGACCCGCUCGAGCGACUGCUGAGCGGCUACCUCGACAAGUGCGCCUUUUCCCAUAGGGCUGAAGGAAGAGAGGAGGCGAUGCCACUCAUCUCGCACUGCCAGGGCUUCUACGCCAAAGAGCUGAAGGAGAGCGCGAGUGCCAACAGUACGCUCACGACCAGGAAUCGGGCCCCACGCGAGAUCAUGCGCGUCCCGAGGUUUGCCGAUUUUGUGGCUCGGCUGCACCGCACCCAGAAGCAGUCGCCCGGGUGGGACACUCACUUUAAGCCGCAGCACAUGCACUGCGGGCUGGCGAGCAGGCGAGCAGACGUGCCGUCGCUGCUGCCGUCGGUGCACUACCACCUGCGCAUGAGUGGCUCGCAUUUCCAUGCCAGCGCCGAUGCGCUCUUCCGACAUGUUGGACUGAACACGGCGCUUCGCAGAGAAUUCCUCCCCGAGCGCUCCAACUCGGCGCAUCGAACGGCCGCCAGCGAGCAGAUGGCACGGUACUAUACGCCAAGCAUCGCGCAGCAGGCCCUCGAGAUCUACGCGGCCGACUACGAUGCGUUCGGACUGGUCAAGCCGCGCCCCGAAACCUUUGCGUCGAGUAGGUGA